UGACAGACUGUCACUGACAGUUCGUAAAAAAAUUUCAAGACGUUCAAGACCACAGAUAAUAAAAGACGUAAAUUUUGUAUAGUUAAAUAAUGUAAUAAUCUAAAAUGGAUGUAUUUAAUUUAAUGCAAAAUUAUAAUACUGAAUUGGGGGCAGUAACAGAACAAACUUGGUUUGGUAGUUUAAUAACAUGUGCUUUGGAAUCAAAUAAGGCCCUAUAUACUUUAUUGAUUGCACUAAUAUCUUUAUUAAUUACUAUUGUUAUAGUAUGUAUAAAGAAAUGUCAGCGAAAAGUAAUACCAAAAGAGACAUUGUCUCAAGAAGGGAGCAGAUUUCGAAAAAGAGACAAGGCUUUGUUUUAUGGAAGAAAAAUGAUCAGGAAGGUUAAGAAUAUAUCAGGACAAGUAAGGAAUUCUGGACAGGGUAAAAAGAGAAAAAUGGUUAUGAAAUUUGCUAGAAGAUUGUUGCAAUUAAAAAAAGAAAAUGAAACUGAACAACUCAAGGUUCUUGAACCCCCAGUGGAAUAUUUACAAGAAGAUAUGUUAUCAGAUGAAAGGAUGCCACCAGAUGCUCUAUACAUGCUUCAAAGUAUAAGGGUUUUUGGACAUUUUGAAAAGCCCGUUUUUCUUAAACUCUGUAAACACACCGAGAUUAUUAAUGUCAACGCGGGAAGUUACUUGUUCCGUAUAGGUGAUCCGGAUGAAAAUGUGUACAUUGUCCAAAGCGGAAAACUAAAUGUUUUCAUUACUGGCAGCGAAGGAACAAAUUCCUUAAAAAUUGUCAAACCCGGUGAAUCCGUCACCUCUUUGCUAAGCUUUACAGAUGCCUUAACUGGGAAUCCCAAUCCAUACAAAACUGUUAGCGCUAAAGCGAUUGAGGAUUCAACUGUCGUCAAACUGCCCAUGGCUGCCUUUCAAGAUGUAUUUCAUGAUUAUCCCGAUAUUUUUAUUAGAGUUAUGCAGGUUAUUAUGGUUCGUCUACAAAGAGUCACCUUUACUGCUCUACAUCAGUAUCUUGGAUUGAGCGCAGAAUUAGUUAAACAGGCUCCAAAAGGUAGAUCAAUGAAAAAUCCUACGGCGAGUGUAAUAAAUACAUCGCCAUUAAAAAAGGCCAAAACUGACGGAGCGAAUGGGAAUGAAACAUCUCAACCUAUUCCUGUGCCAGGGCAUAGAAGAAGCAGGUCGUCCUUUGAUUCAAAAUCGUUUUCACCAAAUACUCCUGACAUGGUGGUGGAUGCCGAAAUGUCUGCUGCAAAUAAUAAUCCUGAUUUAACAAAUACACAAAAGAAACGUCAUUCUGUGCCUGACAACAUAGAUGAGGAUGAGUUAAUCGAGCUAGCAACUGAAGCGUUUGUCAAAGAGUUGGGUCUGGAAGAUCCUUCAAUUUUAAAAGGCAAAGUAGAAAUAAGGGAGGUUGCAGCUGGUACUUAUUUGAUGAAAGAAGAUUCAAAUAAGGAUGUGGCUUUGGUUCACAUAAUAUCCGGAGCUUUAAUUGUUUCCCAAAAAAUGACGGAAAGCGAAGAAGAAGUGCACAUGUUUACAGCGUAUCCUGGAGAAAUUGUUGGAGGUUUGGCAGUUAUAACUGGCGAGCCCAGUUUCUUUACAAUCAGAGCAAAGCAUUUUACCAGAAUCGCUUUGCUAUCCAAAAACACAUUUUACAGUAUGAUGAAAGAACAGCCAAAAGUGGUUCUAUACAUUGCAAAUUUGGUGGUAAAAAGGCUUUCACCGUUCGUAAGACAGGUGGAUUUCGCACUGGAUUGGCUUUUUAUUGAAUCGGGAAGAGCCGUUUACAGACAAGACGACGAAAGUGACUCGACCUACAUCGUGCUUUCGGGCCGACUGAGAUCGGUUAUUACGCACAAAAACGGCAAGAAAGAAUUGGUCGGUGAAUAUGGUAAAGGAGAUUUGAUAGGAGUGGUUGAAAUGGUAACCCAAACUAAAAGAAGUACCACUGUAAUAGCUGUAAGGGACUCGGAAUUGGCAAAAUUACCCGAAGGAUUAUUUAAUGCGAUCAAAUUAAGAUUUCCUAUUGUCGUUACCAGACUUAUUAAUUUAUUGGGACAUAGGAUAUUGGGUUCUUGGAAAAAGCCGUCGAUGAGCACCCCAAGCAGCUCUGCUGUGGAUAGUCGCCCAUCCCAAAUGAAUUUUGCAACGGUCGCCAUUGUGGCUGCGUCGGACGAUGUUCCACUAACAGCAUUUUCCUAUGAACUAUACCACUGCCUGAGUGCCAUUGGUUCGACUCUAAGACUGACCUCGGACGUGAUAAAGAAGACCCUUGGCGCCACGAUUAUGGACCCAAACAACGAGUAUCGCCUGUCAUCGUGGCUGGCGCAGCAAGAGGACCAGCACAAAAUAUCUUUGUACCAAUGCGACUUAACAGUGAGCGCGUGGACGCAGCGAUGCAUAAGGCAGGCCGAUUGCAUCCUCAUUGUCGGUUUAGGCGAUAACAAACCGACGUUGGGUAAAGUUGAGAAGGAAAUCGAACGGCUGGCGAUGAGAACACAAAAGGAAUUGGUGCUUUUGCACAGGGAGGACGGAAAACCGAACAACACAAUUGCCUGGCUAAACAUGAGAACCUGGAUACAGUCGCAUCAUCACAUACUGUGUCCCAACAGGCUGUUCUCUAGAAAAUCUCUUUAUAGAAUAAACGAAUUAUAUUCAAAAGUGUGCGCCACAGACCCCAACAUACACUCAGAUUUUUCGAGGUUAGCAAGAUGGCUGACUGGUAAAUCCGUUGGAUUAGUGUUAGGAGGCGGUGGAGCCAGAGGAGCGGCUCACAUCGGAAUGAUCAAGGCCAUUCAAGAGGCAGGUAUUCCCAUAGACAUGGUAGGUGGCGUUAGUAUAGGUGCUUUUAUGGGAGCCUUAUGGUGUCAAGAAAGAAACAUUACAAUAGUAACACAAAAAGCUAGGGAAUGGUCAAAGAAAAUGACUCAGUGGUGGCGUCAGAUUUUGGAUCUAACUUAUCCCAUGACGUCCAUGUUCAGUGGUAGAGAUUUUAAUCAGACAAUAAAAGGCACCUUCAACGAUACGUAUAUUGAAGACUUGUGGUUACCGUAUUUCACGGUAACGACAGACAUAACCGCCUCGUGUAUGAGAAUUCAUUCGCAUGGCUCUCUAUGGCGCUAUGUUCGGGCAUCCAUGUCACUGUCUGGGUACAUGCCACCACUUUGUGACCCUGUGGACGGACAUUUGCUACUGGACGGAGGUUACACUAACAAUCUGCCAGGUCAGUUGUGGCGAUACGUGCGCUCCAGUAUGUCAAUAGUGGGUAUAUUUCCACCACUUUGCGAUCCGGUUGACGGACACAUGCUGUCGGAUGGUUGUUAUGUAAAUAACGUUCCAGCCGACGUUAUGCGUAGUCUUGGGGCGAAUCACAUUUUAGCGAUAGACGUCGGAUCCGUUGACGAUCAGGAUCUAACGAAUUAUGGUGACGACUUGUCUGGUUGGUGGCUGCUUUGGAAACGAUGGAAUCCGUUCACGGAAACCGUUAAAGUGCCAAACCUUCCGGAUAUACAGUCCAGACUGGCUUACGUCAGUUGUGUCCGACAAUUAGAGGAAGUAAAAACCAGUGAUUAUUGCGAAUACAUAAGACCGCCAAUCGACAAAUAUAGGACGUUGCAAUUCGGCAGCUUCGACGAAAUAAAAGAUGUUGGUUAUCAGCACGGCAAGGCCUAUUUUGAGGGUCAAAUGAGGGCCGGCAAUUUGCCGAUAUUCAAGCAGGCCGAGGUACACAGGACUUCUUCCUGCGAACACACUGUUUCAGGGUACACAUUCACCGAUUUAGCACAAAUGGUUUGCAAAGUGGCCAGGCCCUAUGAAGAAGAAGCAUCCAGUUCCAGUUCAUCAGAUGAUGAAUAUGAGGAUGGCCGUGGAGGUUAUGCGUCAGAGCCGACUGUUGGAUUAAGUGACACAGAAAAUCAAGAAUUACUUCAAUUAAGAAGAGCUGGUGGAUCUUUGUCUCUAUCAGAAAAUGAGUUAGAGUCAGACGACGAAUUUGCAAUUACGAGGCAUAAAAAAUAGUGUAAUUAUAUAAUUUAGGUAUUUUGAUUAAGUUACCAAUUUGUCCUUGCUGUGUUAUACUUAUUGUGAAUCGUAAAUUAUUUAGUAAUUUUUUAUAUAAAAAACCUAAAAAUGUGAUCUCUUUAUAUUUUUGUAUUAUUAUUAAAAUGCAUACACAAUU